GCAGCAGAAAGGAAAUGUGUCAUCUGUGGUUUGGUUUUAAAAGUGGAAAGCUAGCUGUACAUAUCCUUUUUUUUUUUUUUUUUUUAACUGCAGAUUUACUUUAAGGUUCAUAUUCUCCAAGUCUAUUCUGCUUUAAAUUACUUGGAGGCUGUGCUUCAAGACAAGAAAAGAAGUGGCUUAUUAAAAUCAGGUUAUAAUCAGAUUUUGACCAAGAAUUUGUAAGAUUGCCAGCAUAUUCAUGGACAUGGAGCAUACAGGACUUUACCUGCAUCUUGCCCUUCUGACGACAACAGUUUUUUCUUGGUCUCCUGGAAUAAACGCAAACUAUACCCAUCUGUGGGCUAACAGUACUACUGUCUGGGAUCCAGAUAUUCAAAAUAAGCCGGGCAGAAACCAAAAUGAAAACAUUAACACAAACCCUACAACUUCUACAGUAGAUAAAAGAGGUAACUCUAUAAACAGGACUGAAAUAUCAACAUCAUCUCAGGUCACAUCUCUAACUCCUAUAUCGGAACUGGAGCUUUAUAUACCUUCUGUCGUCAGGAACAGUUCUCCAACAGUACAGAGCACGGAAAACACAACCAAAGGUCACCGUGAAAUUUUCAAAAAAGAGGUCUGUGAGGAAAACAACAACAAAAUGGCUAUGCUAAUUUGCUUUGUUAUAAUUGCAGUGCUUUUUCUUAUCUGCACCCUUCUAUUUCUCUCAACUGUAGUUCUAGCAAACAAAGUCUCAUCUCUCAGACGAUCAAAACAAGUAGGCAAGCGUCAGCCUAGAAGCAACGGUGAUUUUCUGGCAAGCAGUGGUCUCUGGCCUGCUGAAUCAGACACUUGGAAAAGAGCACAACAGCUCACAGGGCCCAACCUCAUGAUGCAAUCUACUGGAACACUCACAGCUACAAGGGAAAGAAAAGAUGAAGUAGGAACUGAAAAACUCACUACCUAACAGGCGCUUUAGUCAAGAAAAAUGCAAAGGAGCAAUGAGAAAGUUUAUGAAGUAAAAAAAUGACAUCAGUUUGAUAUUUAAUGCCAACAUGUUGGUUUGGUGGUCUAAAAUUUGUUGACAUGGCAGCCCUGCAAUUUAGAAUCCAGCAGGUGAGAAGGGGAGAAGUUUGCCCACCUUCUCAAUUACUUAAACUGUGUACUUUUGUCCUGACACUGAGUAUUUUAAAAAGUAAAUAACCAAACACCUGAGAAUGUGGGGAAGGUUUUAAAGACGAGUUGAAGGAACUGACUAAUGGGGAGGCAGAAAGGGACAAUUAAAUAAAUAUUUCCUGUUCAGCAACAGUAGUUAGAUGAUCUUUGUCUGAAUGCAAUUGAACUUUGAAGAGUUUUAGUGUGUCCUUAGAGGCAAGUAUAUGCUUCAGCAUCUAACAGAAGCCAAAUUCCUAGUGCGUAGAGUUGAACUGCAGUUUAACGGUAUCUUUGCCGAACGUGACAGAAUCUGGACCAGCUUAUACAUCAGCACAGCUAAUUUUAUGCCAGAUGUUUUCAUCUUUACAUAUGGCACACAGAAGAAAGUGUUUUUCUACUAUAAAUAUUUAAUUAAAACUUUUAAUUUUGUAUAAUUAAGACUCAUUAGAAUAAAACUGACUACAUAUAAUUGUAUUCCGUUUAUUAUCUUAGGCAACACACUGUAAAGAUCAAUAAGAAAUAGAGCUUAACUGAAACAGAUGAGAUUGUAACCACAACAGAA